GGGCGGGGCCAGAGAGGACAAACUUCGGAAGUUCUGCCCAACUUCUCCGCACUGGGAUCCGUCCACUGUCUGCCCGAAAUCCGGGAGCAACCCGCCGAAAUGGAAGUCAAUUUCCUGUUUCUGAAAUCCAGACGGAGUGUGCUGAAGGUUCUGGAGAUGGUCGUGGCCUUUGUGGUUUUUGUCUCGUUUGCUGCUUCGUCCUCCUCGGGGGCUUUCCUGGCCGUCCCACUCAUGGAGAUCUUCAUCACGCUGGCCUUCUACGUCUUGUAUCUGCUCAAGCUCGACUCCAAAAUAACCUUCUUCUUCUGGCCACUCAUGGAUUCUAUGAAUUCAGCAUUUGCAGCCGCUUUCCUACUGAUCAUCUGCAUUGUAGCCCUGACUCUGAGGACAACAGCAGGAAUCAUUACGGGCUCGGUCUUUGGGUUCGUUGGAGUUGGCCUGUACGCCGUGGACACGUAUGUAAUAUACAAACUCAUAACAUUCAACCAAAGCAAGAAUCCCAGCAGAUAACCUGAUGGUCUCGGGUCUCCGGAACCUCCUCCAGCCCUGCUCCUGAUGGAUCUUCAGAUUGUGCCUCAGCUCUUUAUUUUGCAUUUCUCAAGCGAGCCAUGCCUUCCUCUGGACCUGCCUUGACAGGGAGUUCGAGGUGCUCAGGGAAUGUUGACUUUAAGAUGAGCUACCUUCAUCCAGAGAUUAAUUCUCCCGUUGAUCUUUGUCAGUGUAACAUUCCUAGUUUGUAAAAUACCUGCGAUGACCUUGCAUAUUAAAUUGCAAAGCCUUGACGGCACUUAAACAGACUUGGCAGGUUCAUACUGGCAGUUAAUGUCAUCACCCCCCCCCCCCCCCCCCCCGCCCAGUCUGCAUUCCUCCUCUCUCUGGAGUCCUCACCUCCUUCACCGUCACUUUGUCCAGCUACACAUUAAGUGCCUCAGGGACAUUCAUCACAGCAAAUACUUGCGGGAAUGAGGGCGGCGAGGUAGCAUUAGUGGUUAGUGUGAUCACUUUUACAGCGCUGGCAAACACCGAUCACGGUUCAAUUCCCAUUGCUCUCCAUAAGGACUUUGUACGCUCUCCGUGACCGCAUGGAUUUCCUCCGGGUGGCCAGGUUUCCUCCCACAGACCAAAGACGUACCAGUUAGGGUUGGUAAGCUGUGGACACGCUCUGUUGGUGCUGGAAGCAUGAUGACACUAGCGGGACAGCAGUGAUACAUUUCACUGCAUGCUUUGAUGUACAUGGGGCAAGUAAAGCUAAUCUAUCUUUCCAUAUUCUCAUUGCAUGAAUGAGUUUCCACCAGAUUUAAAGAUCAAGAUUAAAGAUUAGUUUGAUUUGUCAACUACA